CUCUCCUCUGGGUCCAUGUAUUAUAUGGUUUGUCAUUUCGCAGCUAAAUAUGUUCAAUGAGGCGUGUAUGGAUGUAUUACCCAAUGAUCCGGACGCAAAUUAAACUUCAACACGGAUCCUAAAGUGUUUAUUAAUUCUGUUUUAGGGCGUGGUGUGGGCGACUAGAAAACAUGUGACUUCAUGAAGAGUGAAUGACCCUCGGUUCCCUACAUAUGCGCAGUCAUUGUUGUAUUUGGGAACCAGAAUAAACCCAGUAGAGAUGGGCUCUCAGCAAAGCAGAACAGUGAAAAACCAAACAAAGAUCCGUUCCACACCUGAUCCGAAGAAAAGCGACUCUGGAAAACGUAGCAGCAAUUUAGCAACUGGACAGAACACAAAUGAUUCUGCACAACCGAGCACUUCCACUGCCGAGGAAAACCGGAGGAAUACUUCUGAUAAACAGAGCCACAACGCGUCAGAGCAGGAGAAGUGUUAUGACCCAAAGGACACCACACUUAUUUUUGUCGAUGGAGAGGACGACCAUGAUUUUGAGUGCAACGACUACACGUCUCUCAGAGCGAAGAUGUCGUGCGGGCAUACCGUCACCCCCAUGUCUCUCACCAACUGGUGUAAACAUCUGUUGAGUCAGGGUGAGAUCAGAUUUGUGUGUGGCCAACCCGACUGUAACGUUGAGUGGACAUAUGACGAAGUGUGGAAGAUGGCUCUACUGACCCCAGAAGAAAUGGAGUACUUUGAUAAGAAAAUGUUCAGUAGAGCUGCUAAAGAAUUCUUGGACGUCAAAUCAUGUCCCGGCUGCAAGAGUUUUGCGGUGCGGAGUGACGUCAAUAACCUGAGGGUCUGCUGCGUAGUGUGCAAAGCUGGAAAAAAAGGGGCCUUUUCCUUCUGCUGGCAGUGUUUGAAUGAAUGGAAAGGUCCGUCUCCGAAUCGAGAUCGCUGUGCAAAUGAAGGCUGCACCAAUAAGCAGCAGGAAAUACUGAACACCAGCCCAGACAUCACCUUUGAAUCCGUGAGUGGGGUAACUGGCUGCCCCUCCGUCCGGGCCUGUCCCACCUGUGGUUUGCUGGUGGAGCAUAACAGAAGAUAUUGUAAAUACCUGACAUGUCUGAAGUGUAAGGUGAAGUUCUGCUUUGUUUGCCUGCAACUAACUGAACAGUGCAUGAUGGAUCAGGAAGGAAGUUCAUACUACACUUGUUGUCCGAGUGGUGUUGCCCCGAGACAGACCACCAUACCUGUGUGGCAGAGGACAUACGGUGACUCAGCUCCUGCUGAUUUAACACCGUGGUUUCAGAAACAAAGGCAAACUUAAGCAAAAGUUAAACCGUUAUUAGCCUACUGCUAUUUCAUUUGGUUUAUAAUACUUAAAAAAAUAACAGUCGUCAGUCAACUAUAACAAAAGAUCAUUCCUCUGUAUUAUUUAUACAUAUUAAAAUGUAUUUCCUUUAUUCUUUAUCUCAGCCUUGUGUUUAUGUGACUCAUUGUAUCAUUUAUUUAAUUAUUCUGUCUUUAAUACAGCUGAUGAUUUGGCCUUAUCCUUUUAUUAUGCUAUUUUAGCAUUUUUUUCUUUAUUUGUGGGGUAAAAAAAACUGCCGAUAAACAUUCACAUUUCAUAACUUGACUUUAUUCUAUACAAUGAAAAAUAAUAUAGAAAUGUACUUUUGUUGGAAUCCAUUAUUUCUCUUUCACAUAAAAAUAAAGAUUUAACCU